GCGCGCGCCACUCCAUUCUGCUCGUCGAACGCCGCGCGCAGUUGUACUCGUCGUACCCGCCGAGAACCCGUCGCCGCCGCCGCCGACGACGACGACGACAGCAGCAAGCAGCAGCAGCAGCAGUCAUGGCCGCCACCUGACCGCAACCCCACUGCGCGCGCGUACGGUACAGUGGAAGAAAAACUCGAGAAAAUCGGCUCGGAAUUUUUUUUUUUUCUACCAUUUUAGAUUUUCCGUUUAUCUGUGUAUCUCUCCCUCGCUCCCCUCUCACUCACUCUCUCACUCUCUCUUCCUUGCGGGACGCGAUUUUUCCGAAAACGAAUAUUGUUCCGUCCACCGCCGCCGACACAACAUCGUCGCUUAGUAUCGUCUGCUUACGCGUGUGCAACUGUUCGUCGUCGUUCGUCGCGUGAAAUCGGUUCGCGCGUUCGCACUUCGUUCGGAUCUCCUCUCGGCACACGCACGCUCGCUGCACCGGAUAUAUGGAUUAACCACGCGUGUAUAAUAAUAAACGUGAAUUUUCCGAGCGUAUUAAACAUCAAGUGUUGUGAUCAAAAUUUGAUACACGUGGCAAAAUAUCAUUAAAAAUUAUUUACAUGAAUCAUAGUGAACAUGUCACAAAACAAUGGACAAUCCCAGAGGUUUUGCCUCCGAUGGAACAACCAUCAAUCCAACUUGCUUGCUGUUUUCGAUCAACUAUUGACGAGCGAGGCAUUUGUAGAUGUGACAUUAGCUGUCGAAGGUCAAAUGCUUCGUGCUCACAAAAUGGUUCUUUCAGCAUGCAGUCCUUACUUUCAGACACUUUUUGUUGGACAUCCUGAUAGACAUCCAAUUGUAAUACUCAAAGAUGUUCCACUAGUUGAUAUGAGAUCUUUAUUAGAUUUUAUGUACAGGGGCGAGGUAAGUGUUGAUCAAGAUAGAUUGUCAGCUUUCCUUAAAGUUGCAGAAUCAUUAAGAAUCAAAGGUUUAACUGAGGUCAAUGAAGAUCGUGGAGACCUACCCUCGUUAGCAUCUUCUCUUCUUCAGUCUCACUCAUCGUCUCCGUCCUCUUCACCAGUACACAACAACCAAAUGGCUCAUGUACCUCAACUUCAACGCAUACAUAACCAUAGUCCUCUGCCUAUGAAAAGGCCACUGCCAUCUCAUCCGCUUCAUGAUCAACAGCGUCAACAUUUGUCAUACCCGAUGAACCCGCUAUUAGGAUCUGCUCUAACUGCACCAAAAAGGAAACGUGGACGCCCCAGGAAAUUAUCUACAGGAAGUAACUCACCUUCACGACCAAAUGACAAUAAUAAUGAUGAUAGUAGAGCAUCUACACCAGUUGGUACAAGUGCAGGAAGUGGCCGUGAUCCACCAGAUUUGUUAGAGUUGAACAUGUCUGAAGAAUCAGAAUCUGCUGCAGCUGCUCCUAGACAUUUGGAUUCUCCAAGCCAAGAUGAUCACGAAGACAUGGAAGAAGAGUAUACAGAAAAUGGAAUGGAAAUCAAACAAGAGCCUUCUGAACCAGUUCCAGGAACAUCCCAAGAUUUAAGUACGGUGAAAAAAGAAUAUGACACUCAUUCUAGUAUGCAGUUAGACCAAAGCGCAUGUGACAUGCACAAUGCGAACAUGUUAAAGUUGUUGUCUUCGCGGACUGAUCACGAACACCACUUUAACCAUCACCAAGCAGCGGACGGUGGAGAUCGUGACAACAACAACGACGCUCGCCUGACGCUGGCGGCCAGCUGGUCGGUGAUGGCAGCCGAUCAAAAGUCCAAGUUCUCGCUGGCCGUGUCCCAGCACACGUCCGGCUACAAGCAGCAGCUGCAGGCGGCCCUCGAUGAGGAGAAGCGGCAGAUGCAAGAGUCGCAGCAACAACUACACCACCACCACCAGCAGCAGCAGCAGCACCAGCACCAGCAGCAACAGGCGGCUGCGGCAAUCGCCGCCACCGCUGCGGUACUGAGGACGCCCGUCAAACGGCGCAUCCGGCGACGGGCCACGUCGUCCAGCGACCCGGCCGAGCAACUGACCGAGAUGUCGGUCCGCGGCCUGAACCUGUUCCGGUAUGCCACCGUGUCCGAAGGCAUCUACAAGUGUCUGGAAUGCGCCAAGACGGAUAUACUGAAGACGUUCAAGAACAAGUACAGCUUCCAGCGGCACGCGUUCCUCUACCACGAGGGCCACCAGCGCAAGGUGUUCCCGUGCCCGGUGUGCGCCAAGGAGUUCUCGCGGCCCGACAAGAUGAAGAACCACAUGAAGACCGUACAUGAGUGCUACAUGCCAAAGGCCAUCGAAUUCCCGCAGGUGCCGUUCCUAUUGCCGCCAUGAGAUAGUCGUCGCGCAGCGUCACCGCUGCAUGACGUGUGAGUUACACACACACAAGCACAUACAUACACACACGUCUGCGGUGGUGAGUGCCGAUUUAGGGGGGGGGGGGGGUGAGCGGGACCUACGCCACCACUACUUUAGCGGAGCGCUCUGCCGAAUGGUAUAUUUAUAAUACUAUCAUAUUAAAUUUCUACGAACACGUUUUUUUUCUCCGCAAAGGUUUAGCAUUUAUUAUAAAAAAAAAAAAAGCGUCAUAAUAUUGUACACGUUUUUUUUUUAUUAUUAUUACUAUUAUCAUAUUUUUAUUUAAUUAUUUUUUGUUUCAUCGAGUCUUCCGGAUAAUGUUGAAUUUUAGAUUAUAUAUGUUUCUUAUAUAAAUUACACUCCCGGAUAGGGACUACUAUAAAUUUAACCAAAAAAUUAAAAGAAAAAAACCACCUCGUUAAUCAUAUUAUAUUUAUAUUAUAAAAUAGUGAAUCUAUUUUUUUAAUUUUCAGACAACCGCGCUGACUCGUCGACAAUUGUAUAUAUUUGAAGUUAUGUGUCCGUUUUUAUCGGCUAAAUUUUUGUUUGAAAUUUUUUUUCAUAUAUACCUCUAACGUUCGCUCUAUUUUUACACGUUUUUCGAGUAUGCGCGUUUAUAUUAUUACCAAAUUAUUAUUUUUUUUCUUAUUUUUGAUAUACUUAUGGCAUGAUCCGAAUAAAACGCAUUAUAAACGCAUUCGAUUAUUAUUUCCACUGUAAAAAGUGGUACGUCGAAAAUUGUAAUUUGAAAAAAACGAUUUCCUCAGAAAUAUUAUGUAACCCUUGCUCGGCGAACGAGUGAAACGACAAUCAGAUUUUAUACUUACAGCAAUAACAAUUUACGUACAUAUAUAUUUUCCAUACGUCCUAAGAAGUUGAAAAACAUAGCAGCGCCUGGUGCUUUUUUAAUUUUGAUUAGUUGUUUAUUAUUUGUUUUGAGCUGGUUGUAGGGUGGUAUUGUGCAAUAUAAUUCCAAAAAUAAAUAUUUUUUUAUAAACCGUAUAGUUGAUUUUUUACCAAAAUAUAUAUUUUAUUCGAUUAAUUUUAUUUAUACAUUGCGGUCUGCAAAAAUCAUACACAAUCAAUUCAAAAAACGUUCGACUGAAUUAGAGUUUGACGGUUAUUUUACGGUUUUUUUUUUUUUUUUAAACCAAAUAAGGCCAGUUAGUUAUUGAGACUGAAUACUAUAAUGAAUAAAAAAAAAAAA